CUGAAAGCACCUCUAAUAACGUCUUUAUUACAUCAUCCAAGAAUGGUUGUGUUUACUAUAUAUUUUUAUGCAUGAAGAGUUAGAUAAAUAAUUGGAGAGAGAGAGAGAAAGAGAGAAGUCUUCCAUCUUCUAGGUGAAGUCCAGGGUUUGAUUUUCAAUUAUUUCUACGUAGAAUAUUUUUCUUGUAUAGUACAGUUCACCUCAAAAAUAGAAAGAAGAACAAGUAGAGUUCUGUAGUUUACAAGAGGAUCUAAGUCAUAAAAAAUUGAUCAUAUAUAGGCUAUGCUAAAAGCAUCAUUUACUUCUUCCUUUCUUUCUUCUCUAUUUGUAAUUCUAGGAAAAGGCUAAAAAGAGAAGCUAGAGCUAUUACCAGGAAUAUUAAUGGAGGAUAGUGAUGACACUGUAUGUUCCAAGACAAGCCCUAAUUAUUCAGAAAAAAAUGAAGACGAGGGCGAUAACAUUUCGAUCAAAUUACCUAAGGAUGGAGGAAGUUCAAGCAACAGUACUGUUGAAGAGGGCGAGAAGAAGCUCCAUGUGAGGCCUUAUGUUCGAUCCAAGAUGGUUAGACUUCGAUGGACAACUGAUCUCCAUCUCCGUUUUGUUCAGGCUGUGGAAAAACUUGGUGGACAAGAAAGAGCAACACCCAAAUUAGUUCUUCAAUCGAUGAACAUAAAAGGACUCAACAUUGCUCAUGUCAAGAGCCAUUUGCAGAUGUAUAGAAGCAAGAAGAUUGAUGACCUAACUCAAGGUAUAGCAAAUUAUAGGCCUUUUAUGGAAGGUGGAGAUCCAAACAUUUACAACAUGAGUGAACUCCCUGUGCUCCCAACCUUCAUCCAAAGGUUCAAUUCCACUUUUAGAUAUGGAGAUGCUUCUAGGAAUUGUCCACAAAGCACAAUUGACAUGAAUGUCAGACCAGAAUUUUACACUAAACUCAGUGAGAGGAUUUUUGGCAGCAAUAAUAGUAGGGCAAUUCAUCAAGAUUCCAUUACUGGGAUUCCUUCUUUCAUUAGUGAAAGAUCUACUUGGAGAACAAAUGAAAUGAAAGACGAAAUGGGAUUAUUUCGUGAACAAAAAUAUGGUCAAGGUCUAUUUAGAAAAAGUCCUAUUGAUAAGCUGAUUCCAUUAUUCCAGAGAGCUGCAAAAGCUAAAGCAAGACUGAGUCUUUUGAAAAGAAAGGCUAUAGAUUGUGACCUAAUUGACCUGAAUUUAUCUCUAGGAGUAAAGCAAAAAAAUAACAGCCACGACGACAACGACGAUGAUGAUGGGAGUACUUUAUCAUUGUCAAUGGCUAGUUCAAGAUUGAAAGAAGAGGCUAAUUAUGCUACAAAGGAAAAUGCAAGAAGAGGGGCAAGUACUCUGGAUCUGACUCUAUGAAUGGGACAUGAUUAUAUUCUAAGUGAGAUCUUGAGGUACUUGUUUCUAAUUAGAAUGCAUUUUGUUGAGAGUCUUUUAAUUUGUACUACUACUACCAUUUACCAAGGUAAUAUUACUAUAUAGUAGUAAGUACUAUUUGUUCGGGUA